AAAAUCAUGUUCUUACUUCCAUAUAUAUAAUUUAUUAAAAUAUAUAAAUUAUUAAAUAUAGAUAUAUAGAUAUAUUUUCGGAAAAGGCCGGAUAUUUUGUUCAACGGAUUGGAGUGUGUGUAUAUAUAUAUAUAUAUAUAUAUAUAUAUGGACAUGGACAUACUCUCAGUCAUCAAGUCUCAUAUCUUCUUCUCUAACUAUGGCUAUCACACCGUCGUCUGGACCAUCCCCCGACUGGACUUUGCUGCCGAAAGAUGUCUUCGGCUUGGUACUGGACAAACUGGUGGACAUCUCCGAUCGCAUUCGGACUGCUUCUGUAUGCAAGCCGUGGCUUUCGAUCGCUCAGGACCACAGCACGAGGUGGCUCAAGCCAGCUCCAACCCAACUCCCUAUGCUGUUGGUGCCAACCGAUGACAACAGCACUACGCAUCGUGGACUGUAUUGUGUGGACGGGAACAGGGUCCUCGGCUCUCGUUUACACAUACCUUACAGCAAGAGAUGUUGCGGCUCUUCACACGGAUGGUUGAUAUUCGCGGAGGAGGACUUGGCCUUGACACUCUUUAAUCCUUUCUCCCAAGAAACUAUCCACCUCCCUCCCGUCACCCGAGUCCCGACCGCAGAGGAGAUAGGGGAAAGCUACUACAACCACGAGUACGAGAUCCGGAAGGUGGUGCUGUCAAAGGAUCCAUCUUUGGCUCCCAAUGACUAUGAGGUCCUUGCCCUUUAUGGGUUUUGCGAUGCAAGCCUCGCUCUAUUUCAAUCUGGAGAAAACUCUUGGGUUUAUCCGAAACAAGAAAAUUAUGAAGAGUACUAUUUCGAAGAUAUAAUCUACUCUCGAGGACAUCGUCUCGCCCUGGGUAGCAAAUGGGGUGUCCAAAAAGUGUUGGUAUCCAUUGUAUCCGACGGAGAAGGCAUAAUAAGACUGGGAUGCAUAAAGCGCCUGAAGGGGCGCGUAGAACAGUCCUACAUCGUGGAUUGUGGGGAUUCCCUGAUGUGGAUCGACAGGUUCUAUGUGCAGAGUGACUACAUCGGAGAUGAUGAUGAUGACCUAGGCAGCAGCGAUGAUGAUGCCGACAACCACCAUGACAGCACUGAUGAGGAUGACCAUGACCAGGACAGCAGCAACGACAGAGCCACAGGAUACUUCGAAAUCGACGGCAAGCUGUACGCGUAUAUCUCAGAUAUUCACCACCUGACAUCAUCGUUCAAAGUCUACCAGAUGAAGAGCAUAGAGGGGAACAUAGAGCUGGUUGAGUCGGAUCAACUCGACGGUCGAGCUCUAUUCCUUGGUCAUAAUCAUUCAUGCUCGAUCUUGGCUUCUGAUUUUCCGGGGUGCAGGCCUAACUGUAUCUACUACAUGGAUGAUUGGAUGGAAGCGGCUUAUCAACCUCUUGGGGCAAUCGACAUCGGAGUCUUCAGCCUCGAAGAUCAAUGCACCAGACCACUCUAUGUCCCAACUCCCAAGCAAUGGGAGUUGCCACCGCCGAUUUGGAUCGUUCCGCAAGGCAACCCGGUUAAUAUGCUCUCACUUUCUGAUUAAAGUUCAUCAAUUUUUCUCUGGAUUUAUUAUAGGAUCUAGUUACGUCUUAGUUAGUUUAAUAGGCUCCUCGCAUUUGGAUUAAUCUUGAAUGUUCUUUGAUCUUCCACCGUAUUUGUUAUUGGAAGCACUUUUCG